GGCCAGUCACUUUCCAGAGAGGCAGGCGGAGAAACGGUUUAAUUUCGGGUCACCACUCACCAUCCCCCCUUGAGAGAUCCCGGCGGCCGGCGGGACCUCUCUUUCUACCUUUUCCACCUCCAUUUUCCGAUAACCUUAGAAAACCAAGAGAAAAAACAAAACUACGGUAAUAUUUCAACCUUCUUCUAGUAUCUUCUGGAUCUUUCUCUAAAAUUUAGUUAGGGUCAGGGUUUUAGUUUCUCUUUUCUUCCUUUUUGAAACUAGAAAGAACUAUGUCUGGGAUACAUCGGUCUUCGAGCGCGCCAUUGAAGAACGGUCUUCCUCCUCAAGAGCUCCUUGACGAUCUUUGCAGUCGGUUUGUUUUAAAUGUGCCGAAAGAGGACCAACAGUCAUUUGAGAGAAUUCUCUUCCUUGUGGAGUAUGCACACUGGUUCUAUGAAGACAAUACAGUGGAAAAAAAUCCAUCGCUUAAGUCACUGAAUCUGAAGGAGUUCACCUCUUUAUUGUUCAACAGCUGCGAUGUUUUAAGGCCUUACGUUGCUCAUAUAGAUGAUAUAUUCAAAGAUUUCACUGAUUACAAGGUUCGAGUUCCUGUAACCGGGGCAAUUAUUUUGGAUGAAACUUAUGAACGGUGCAUCCUAGUCAAGGGAUGGAAAGGGACAAGCUGGAGUUUCCCACGUGGAAAGAAGAACAAAGACGAGGAGGACCAUGCAUGUGCCAUUCGAGAAGUCUUAGAAGAAACAGGCUUUGAUGUUUCAGCUCUCCUGAACAAAGAUGAAUACAUUGAAGUGAUAUUUGGCCAGCAGAGGGUGCGGCUCUAUAUAGUUGCUGGUGUAAAGGAUGAUACAGCCUUUGCCCCACUUACAAAAAAGGAGAUCAGUGAAAUUGCUUGGCACCGGCUUGAUGAUCUUCAACCAGCAACUAAUGAAGUAAUAUCUCGUGGGAUCACUGGCCUAAAGCUUUAUAUGGUUGCCCCCUUCUUAGCAUCUCUGAAGUCAUGGAUUUCAAAGAAUCCUUCCCCACUACAUCCAAGACCAGAUUUGCCUCUAAAAGGAAUCUCUAUUUGGAAAGCGAAGAACACUUCCAUAGGAAGUAACUCAAUGAUUGUGGAGAGAAAAUCUAAUAAGCUUCCAUCCGAUGCUAAGCCGCCUGACGCCGGUCCUGGAAAAAGCUUCAGAAACUUUAGAUUCGAUACCGCUGCAAUAUUAAAAGCAUUGGAAGGAAGCUUUUCUUCCUGAAGAUCAGACUCAGUUGUUAUCCGUGACAUCCUUUAAUGUUGGCACAGCAGAGACUUUUCGGUUGCUAGAACUUCUUCGGUCGUAAAAAAAAACAUACAGCGUCGUGGCCCCGAUCGGUUGGAUAUUCAUGUGUCAUGUCCGGGUUCGUUCGACAUGUAAAUUCUGUACAGAAAAAGAAUGUUUGGUGGCAACUUAUGCUGGUCUGCAAGUCCAAACCUGGUGAAUGGUGAAAUAUUAAUACUAUAGAACCCCUUUAGUAUGGCUAACAGCUCCAUCACUAAAUGCUACACACUUUGUCGAUUCUUGUUAUCUUAAUGUUGUAUUUGAUCUGCUUUGUAGUACUUUUU